AUGACCACGGCCGCCAUCGUCGCCAUGAGAGACCAGAGGCUCCUCCACCUCCUCCAGCCUCCUCCUCCUCCUUCAGCCUCCUCCAGCCUCCUUCAGCCUCCUCCACUCUCUUCCAGCCUCCUCCUCCAGCCUCCUCCUUCAGCCUCCUUCAGCCUCCUCCACUCUCUUCCAGCCUCCUCCUCCAGCCUCCUCCUUCAGCCUCCUUCAGCCUCCUCCACUCUCUUCCAGCCUCCUCCUCCAGCCUCCUCCUCCUUCAGCCUCCUCCACUCUCUUCCAGCCUCCUCCUCCUCCUGCCUCCUCCUGCCUCCUUCAGCCUCCUUCAGCCUCCUCCUCCUACCUCCUCCUGCCUCCUCCUGCCUCCUUCAGCCUCCUUCAGCCUCCUCCUCCUACCUCCUCCUGCCUCCUCCUGCCUCCUUCAGCCUCCUCCUCCUACCUCCUCCUGCCUCCUUCAGCCUCCUCCACUCUCUUCCAGCCUCCUCCUCCUGCCUCCUCUUGCCUCCUCCACCUCCUCACAUAUUAUCACAGUUCAUGAUCUCUGAGUUUCUGACCCGAGCCCGCGCCCUCUGGGUUCUGAUCCCGGCUCUGGGAGUAUUGAUCCCAGGAGCGAUGACUCCCGCGGUGCUGCCACCUCUCUGA